UGCCUGAAGGAGGAAACAGUGACAGACCUGGAGACUGAAGUUCUUUGUCGCUCACACAGCUCUCGCACCAUGCCUGGGUCACUUCCUUUGAAUGCAGAAGCCUCCUGGCCAAAAGAUGUGGGCAUUGUUGCCCUUGAGAUCUAUUUUCCUUCUCAAUAUGUUGAUCAAGCCGAGUUGGAAAAAUAUGAUGGUGUAGAUGCUGGAAAGUAUACUAUUGGCUUGGGCCAGGCCAAGAUGGGCUUCUGCACGGAUAGAGAAGAUAUCAACUCUCUUUGCAUGACUGUGGUUCAGAACCUCAUGGAGAGAAAUGGCCUUUCUUAUGAUUGCAUUGGGCGGCUGGAAGUCGGAACAGAGACAAUCAUCGACAAAUCCAAGUCAGUGAAGACCAAUCUGAUGCAGCUCUUUGAGGAGUCCGGGAACACAGAUGUAGAAGGAAUAGAUACCACGAACGCCUGCUACGGAGGCACGGCCGCUGUCUUCAAUGCUGUGAACUGGAUCGAGUCCAGCUCCUGGGAUGGACGGUAUGCCCUGGUAGUUGCAGGAGAUAUUGCCGUGUAUGCCACAGGAAAUGCUCGGCCUACAGGUGGCGUCGGAGCCAUUGCUCUGCUCAUUGGGCCAAAUGCUCCUUUAAUUUUUGAACGAGGACUUCGUGCGACACACAUGCAACAUGCCUAUGACUUUUACAAGCCCGACAUGCUUUCCGAAUACCCGAUCGUGGAUGGGAGACUCUCCAUCCAGUGCUACCUCAGUGCGUUAGACCGCUGCUACUCUGUCUACCGCAAAAAGAUCCGUGCCCAGUGGCAGAAAGAGGGAAAUGAUAGAGAUUUUACCUUGAACGAUUUCAGCUUCAUGAUCUUCCACUCACCCUACUGUAAACUGGUUCAGAAAUCUCUGGCUCGGAUGAUGCUGAAUGACUUCCUGAAUGACCAGAACAGAGAUAAAAAUAGCAUCUAUGGUGGCCUGGAAGCCUUUGGGGAUGUUAAAUUAGAAGAUACUUACUUUGAUAGAGAUGUGGAAAAGGCAUUUAUGAAGGCUAGUUCUGACCUCUUCAAUCAGAAAACGAAGGCAUCCUUGCUCGUAUCCAAUCAGAAUGGAAACAUGUACACGUCCUCAGUGUAUGGCUCCCUUGCCUCUGUUCUGGCCCAGUACUCGCCUCAGCAGCUGGCAGGGAAGAGGAUUGGCGUGUUCUCCUAUGGCUCUGGCUUGGCUGCCACCCUCUACUCCCUUAAAGUUACCCAAGAUGCCACCCCAGGCUCUGCUCUUGAUAAAAUCACAGCAAGUCUGUGUGACCUGAAAUCGAGGCUCGACUCAAGGACGUGUGUGGCACCAGCCGCUUUUUCAGAGAGCAUGAAGCUCAGAGAGGACACUCAUCACCUGGGCAACUACAUUCCCCAGAGUUCCAUAGAUUCCCUUUUUGAAGGAACAUGGUACCUGGUUCGAGUGGAUGAAAAGCACAGGAGAACUUACGCCCGACGACCCUCUCCAAAUGCCAACACUUUGAAUGAAGGAGUAGGACUUGUGCAUUCAAGCACAGCCACUGAGCACAUUCCAAGUCCUGCAAAGAAAGUGCCACGGCUCCCGGGGACGGCAGCAGAGCCAGAAGCAGCUGUCAUCAGCAACGGGGAGCAUUAGGAACUGCCGUGCCGUGCGGGGAAGACCCGUGUGGGCCGGGCGGGGUGGAUAUGUAUGGGAAUGUUGGGAAUGGGAUGUCUGGGACAAUAUUAAAGGAUUACAUGUUGCUUAAAAUUUUGUGACUGACAUGGAGCCUGGAAAACUAUCGUGUUCUUGGGAAAGUCUCUGCUCAGUUUGCUAAUUCGCUUCCUAUUGCGUCUAGCUGAUGCUUACUGUACUCCAUGAUGUUAAGGGCUCUGCAAAACUUCAUACCUCUCCGGCCAUUCGUAUGCAUGAAGCUUCGUUUUUAAAUGUGGUUUGAUGAGUCGUUUGUUUCUGGCAGAAAGGAGCAGAGCUACUGGUCUUCAAUUUUAAUUUUUUGAAUGGAUAAGAAUUUUAUACUUGGAACAAACAAUAUUACUGAAAGUACUUGUGGUUUUUGAUAAAAAGUUUCUAGUUUAAGGAAUGUGCUCUUACAUGUGAUAUACACAAACCCUGUCUGAAAAUGGCAAGACAAACAUGUUGUUUUUCUAAACUCUGUACAUUCUGGAGAGAAGAGUUGGAAACUGGAAUGUGGCUUUAAAUCCAGGCAGCAGUGGCGAGUGAUUGAGGGGCCUGAGCGGAGAGGCUGGCCCUGAGCAGGCCUGGGAGGGCGGCCUGGUGUGUUUCAGCUCUGAGUGUGGCUCUAGGUCUGCCCUGAAUCCGUUCAUGCUGGACGAGGCGGAAAAACACUGAGAUGUUAUUGGAACUUGUGUAUGAGGAAGCUUGUUGCUGCAGUCCUUCUGUGUACCCUAUUUUGAAGAAUAAACAAAACAUUUUUCUGAC